AUGUACAGCAUACCCAAACCUCCCAGUUUCUCCAAUUUGGAGUCAUCAAUCAUUCGGAAUGAGGUUCAGCCACGGCCGAAUUCGGCAAAGAUGAACAAUGUAUGGCAUAAUGCAUGGUUGCCAGAAAGGGAAGUGAAUGAGCUGGAUUUCACAUAUAACAUCGAAUCACGGCUAGGCGGGCUCAGUGACCUGAAGUCUCUGCAUGGUGUAUUCAACGCCGUGCAGCUCAAUACUCAUUUGGCCAAAGAAACCAAUUUCUCAAACUCUACGUCUAUUCAGUGCCUGCAGGCUGACGGCCAUUCUCUGAGACAAAUUAACAUGGACGAUUGCAAACUGUCCAAUCUCUUACGGGAGUAUCGAGAAUCUACUGUACUUUCUACCAAUGGUAUGGCCAAUUCUGAUUCAAGUCGCUAUCUUAAACCGAGCAGUUUCAUGGCGUUGUUUGUUCCUUUGAUUCCCCAUGGUGGAACUUCAUAUGGGAACAGGAUACCGAUGACGCGAGAUUUGGCCCUCGAUAUGUUCUCUUCACUGAAACUCAAUCCAUUGUUCUUUCUCAAUAUGCUUGGACGUCCGGACUAUUGGGCACCUCAGACUCGAUGGGAAACCUCUUCUGAUAACGCAUUUCAGUCUUGCGACUUUUUUUGCCAGCAUCCACGAUGGAAUCUUGAAGUGCAGGGAGCACCCCUAUCAGUGUGCUUACGGUACGAGGCAAAUCAUGGUCGUAUAAUCUAUGUAAUUGCUCAUAAAGUGAACGACAACUGCGUGGAUGCUCUACGACAUAUGCUUAAUGUUUCCAUUCAAAGGCCUUCUAGUUUGAUUGAAGACCCCUUUGAUAUCCACGUCUUACUGUCAACGCUGUCUUUCGAGGCGUCAAAGUAUCAUAUAACCCAUUUCCGCCGAUUUAUGUGGUCCCAGUUUAAUCAAGUCGAAGAGCAAAUUGGUGGUGGUAGCAAAGAUCGCGCGGAGCUUCGAGAACUCACCCGAAAACUACAGAUUAUUUCCCAGAAUGCUGAUUCACACAUUGCAAAUGCCGACGUGGCUAUUAUCUCAGCCAAAGGCAUUCAAGCAGCUCAUGCAAAGCUUCACAGAGCCUUGAAAAGCCCCCUAUGCAGCACGGAACGCGGAGCUGAUACAACUGAAUAUGUUAUAAACUCAUUAGAGAAACAGAAACUAUGGUUUUUGAACUACAAGAACAGAAAAGAUGGCAUGAUGAGUCUUGUCUUCAACUUGGUCACUCAGCAGGAUGCCGCAAAUAGUAUCGAGAUAGCUGCUGAUACGAAACGUGACAGUACGAGUAUGAAUGCAAUUGCAGCAUUGACUAUGGUCUUCUUACCAGGCACUUUUACGGCCACCAUACUUGGAGCAGGAAUAUUUUCUGCAAGCACAAAUGGUAAUGGAAUUCGAGUCUCAAAUCUUUGGUGGCUCUGGAUUGCAUUCACCGUACCGCUAACAUUGGGGAUUAUGCUCGGUUGGUGGUAUUACCGAAAAAAGGAGAAAAAGAUUGAAGAAAAUGCUCGGCUUCAGGAGGAAAGACAAGCAGAGAAAUCAAAGGCCGGAGUGUAG